CUGUCGAGUAACGGAAAAUAGCAUCCGUUUAUACGCCAAUUUACAAAACUCGCCAUUAUAUAGCAAUAUAACUCAAUCAGAUCGGUGGUGGUCGAAUUACUUUUCCAUAAAACCAAAUUAUCCAAACUAAAUAAUUCUACGGAAUGCCAGAGAACGUGACGAAUGGAGACCAUGCUGCAGAAGUUCAGCCUGCUGGAGAGGGGCAUGAAAACGAUGAAGAAGUCACAGGCGAUGAUGUUUAUUUUGAUCCAAUAAUCACAUUACCCCUCAUUGAAGUUUCCAACAAUGAAGAGGAUGAAAUUGAAAUGAUCAAACUAAGAGCCAAAUUGUAUCGAUAUGACGCAUCAUGCAGUCCAGCCGAAUGGAAAGAACGUGGCACGGGAGAUGUCAAAUUGCUCAGGCAUAAAACUAAACACACGGUGCGAGUAGUAAUGCGCAGAGACAAAACUUUGAAAAUUUGUGCAAAUCAUUUUGUAACACCAUGGAUGGAACUCAAGCCGAACUGUGGCAGUGACCGUGCCUGGGUCUGGAGUGUUCUUGCUGAUUUUGCUGAUGAACAUCUCACUUCGGAACUACUCGCUAUUAGAUUCGCUACUGCGGAAAAUGCGCAACUUUGGAAAGAUGCUUUUGAGAAGGCGAAGAAAAUAGUUGGGACGGAGUGCGAGAUUUAUGCCGGUAAACCUAAUCCGGACGACAAAGACGUUGACAGCGAUAGUGACACUUGCAGUUACGUAACAUACAGCGACAGUAGCGACAACGAGGAUCCGGAAAAGUCAAGCAGAGACAGUGAAAAACAGAAAGUAAACGAUGGAGAAAAAGCCGAUGAUAAAAGUACCGAAGAAGUUACGGAAGUUUUAAAAAAAUUGGACGUCGGUGAAGAUUUGGAAAAUAAGGAAGAAACCAAGUAACGGAUAUUGCUAUUGAAGAGAGCUAUUUGCCAACUCUAUGUAUCCAAUAACGAAAAAAUUCGGCGCAAAAAUCGAGAAUACGAAUACAAACAUUCCAACGUUAAACAUGAGAGGACGUUGAGAAUACAUCAACAAAACUCACGAACAGUUGCUUUGUUAUUCUUUUUUUACAAGAAUAAUGUCGAAAACUACAAACUCGUCAGUGUGUUUUUUUUUCCUUACGAUUAAUUAAAUGUGCCGUCAAAAUAUUGCGUGCCUCUGUUACUAACAUAGCGAUUGCCUGGUUAUCUACGUAACAUUAUGUUGAAUUAUCCUUUGCCAAUCAUUUUUCCUUCUCCCAAAGUAUUAGCGUUUUAUAUAUCGGAAGUAAGAGAGUUUCAAUCUCACCAGCUCCAUCCACUCGAUUCACCUUUUAAUCACCAUCAAAUAUUUCCUACUCAAUAAUAGUUUUAUUAAUUUUAGCAAUUUAGAUCAUAAGUAUCAAUUCUCGACGAAAACACGAUUUAUGUUAAUCCCAGGAUCUAAUAAAUUACUCGAAAAUUUUUUUAUAAACUGUAAAA